GAGGGGAAGGAGUUGAUGCCGGACGGCGCGUCCCAGAGCGACAGCACGGAGGACGAGGAGGGGGCGAGCCCGGGCGGCGCGGAAGGCGGCUGCUGCCGGCGGCCGGGCGGCGAUGGCGGGGACGAAGUGGCGGGCAGCGGUGUGGGAGCUGGCGAAGGCGAGACUGUCCAGCACUUCCCGCUGGCGCGCCCCAAGUCCCUCAUGCAGAAGCUGAGCUGCUCCUUCCAGAGUUCCUGGCUCAAAGAUUUCCCCUGGCUGCGCUAUUGCAAGGAGACUGGCCUUAUGUCGUGCGGCUGGUGCCAAAAGACCCCUGAGGAUGCGGGGAGCGAGGACCUUCCGCCAGUGGGGCACGAUGAGCUUUCGCGAGGGACCCGCAACUACAAGAAAACGCUCCUCCUGAGGCACCACGUCUCUAGCGAGCACAGAGCCAACGCCCAGGAGUCGGAAAUACCAUCAGAGGAGGGGGUCUGUGACUUUAAUAGUAAGCCAAAUGAGAAUUCUUAUUGCUACCAACUACUUCAACAACUAAAUGAACAGAGAAAGAAGGGUAUUCUUUGUGAUGUCAGCAUUGUGGUGAGUGGGAAAAUCUUUAAAGCUCAUAAGAACAUCCUGGUUGCAGGCAGCCGUUUCUUUAAGACUUUAUAUUGCUUUUCAAACAAAGAAAGCCCUAACCAAAACAAUACUACCCAUUUAGAUAUUGCUGCAGUUCAAGGUUUUUCAGCCAUCUUGGACUUCUUGUAUUCUGGUAACCUGGUGCUCUCAAGCCAAACUGCCAUUGAAGUGAUGACAGUGGCCAGCUAUCUUCAAAUGAGUGAAGUGGUUCAGACUUGCCGAAAUUUCAUUAAAGAUGCCUUAAAUAUAAGCAUGAAGUCGAAAGCUCCAGAGUCUGUUGUUGUGGACUAUAAUAAUAGAAAACCAAUUAAUAGAGAUGGUCUGCCUUCAUCACGGGAUCAAAAAAUUGCCAGUUUUUGGGCAACACGGAACCUUACCAACUUGGCAAGUAACAUAAAAAUUGAAAAUGAUGGUUGUAAUGUCAACGAAGGCCAAAUAGAUAACUACCAAAUGAGCGACAGUAGUUGGGUCCAGGAUGGCUCUCCUGAACUGGCUGAAAGUGAAUCUCAAAGUCAAACAAAAGUAUUUAUUUGGAAUGAUAUGGGCUCCCAGGGAAUUCAAGAGACUGGCAAAACGAGGAGGAAAACCCAGACUGCAAAGCGAUUUAUUUAUAAUGUACCACCUAAUAAUGAGACAAAUUUAGAUGAUUACUCAGUGAUGCAGCCACCUGUUGCCUAUACAGAAGAAGAUUUGUCGUUCAUCAAAGAAGAACCAGAGUUGGAAGGUGCUCUGCUCUCAGGGCCAGACUGUGACAGGAAUUUGAAUGCAGCUUUGUUGGUUGAAGCUGGUUCUGGUCAAGAAACAAAUGAUGCUGGUACUUCACAUGAAUUCAAGUAUGGGUUGAUGCCUGGCCCUUCAGGUGAAUUCAAGUAUGGAUUGAUACCGGGUACUUCAAAUGAUUUUAAAUAUGGACUGAUACCAGGUGCGCCAAAUGAUUUCAAGUAUGGAUUAUUGCCAGAAUCUUGGCCAAAACAAGAAACCUGGGAAAAUGGUGAAUCACCUGUAACCAUGAACAAGUUAAAAUGCCCUCACUGUAGCUAUGUAGCCAAAUACAGACGGACACUAAAAAGGCACCUGCUCAUUCACACCGGAGUGAGGUCAUUUAGCUGUGAUAUUUGUGGAAAGCUGUUUACUCGAAGAGAACAUGUAAAAAGACAUUCCCUGGUGCAUAAAAAGGAUAAAAAAUACAAGUGUAUGGUGUGUAAGAAGAUCUUCAUGUUAGCAGCCAGUGUUGGAAUAAGACAUGGAUCUCGACGCUAUGGUGUUUGUGUAGACUGUGCAGAUAAAUCACAACCAGGAGGGCAAGAAGGCGUAGAUCAGGGACAGGAUGCAGAUUUCCCUCGGGAUGAAGAAUAUGAAGAAAAUGAAGUUGGAGAAGCUGAUGAAGAGCUGGCUGAUGGAGAAGAUCAGAAUGAUCCAUCUCGAUGGGAGGAGUCAGGAGAUGUUUGUAUGUCUCUAGAAGAUUAACUGACCUACUAUACUCAAGGAUGCUGCAUUUGGACAUAAUAUGAAUCAACAAUUUGAAAUGUUGAACUUGAAGGCUUGCAUAAUAUGGUACAUAAUAUGGUAGUUAUGUUGCUGUGAAAACUGUAGGGUCAAAGCCUUAUAGCAAAAAAAAUUUUUUUUUAUAUUUGCACAGGACUGUACAGCAAACCACCUUGUGGUUGGAUUACAUGGAGUCCCCGCAUAGUCAGUUAUCAAAGUAAAGAUAUUUUUUAUUUAUAGGAUAAUACAGUAAACUAUUUGGGUCCUCUGAAAAGCCUAGUGCUUGUGUUUAUAGAACUUACACUCGUGUGCCACUUUAACGAGUGGAGAAAAUACAUUUAUGGAAAUACAGUGACAGCUGACCCAAUCACUCUGUCAAUCAGACCACUCAGGCUAGUUUGUACUAGUAGGGUUUGUUUCUAUUUUUAUUUUUAUUUAUUUUUUUUAAUACAGAUUUUUCAGUGAGGGGAUUUUUCAACCCCAUUGGUUCUACCUUGUAUUUUCCAUUUUAAUUUCUCCAUAACUUAAACCAAGUGUCUCCACUAGGCCUAGAUAUUUCUCAAUUUUGUGCUGAUAGACAUGCUUAUAAGAACUGGAGAGGUAAUUUAUUGGAAUGAACUAACUGACUUCCUCCAUUCCCCGUUUCCUUCUUUGACAUGAAUUUUACUGCUUCACAGAUAAAGAAUGAUGUUGAAAAGUUUCCGUGGUUAAGUUGAAAAUACCACUAAAAUGAUUAUGAUUUAGAAGUAACUUUCUCCUGCUGCUUUAAUCUGAUAAAUGGUUACUAUAGACAUAAAUAUAGAUGACGUUUUCUGACACGGCGUCCUGGUUUUGGGUAUCUGUUACUUUGGCACUAUUCUUGUUGGCCUUUUUUUUUUUUUUGCCAGUGUACUUUACCUCAGUCCUAUUUGAAAGACAAAUCUUAAUUUAAAAAAGUCUAGAAACAAGAAGUAAACUGAAUGAUUUGUUUUAUAAUUUAUCAUCCAUGUCCAGUUUGGUUAGCCUGUUAUGCAAUAUAAGUGAAUUAUCAGGUUUUUAUUCUUGUGCCCUUUUUAUCAUUAAAAAUAACACAAAAAUUAUGUUCUCUUUUGUUUCAUACUUACCUGGGAUAUUAAAUAUUUUUUAAAUUGUGGUGAAUAAUUUAACUUUUGUAUUUCUUAGUUAUCAUUCCUUGAUAUAGUCUAUACUGAUAACCAUGAUUUAACUGUCUAUAAAAUCUCAAAAUUUGAGAGGCUUUACAAUUUAUUAUUUUGUUUAAAAAAAUCUUCAGGGUACAAAGGGUAAUAUAUUAAGUUAAAUUUUUAUUUAGCCUGGUGGCAAAUGAAUCACUGAAUAAUCAAUCAUUGAACUCAAAGCUACAUUUUGCUUAGUAAUAUUAAUAUUGACAGAAUUUAUCAGGAACAUAAUGUAUAUUAUACCAGGUUGAGGGACAUCAUAUUUUCACCUUUUAAAUAAAAUCUAAGUAUAGUUUCCUAUUUUGUAUCAGGUAACAAAAAAUAUGCUAGUCAUGUGGAAAAUGUGUUUUGACAAAUAUAAUCCUUUUGGUGCUCUAUCUGAUCAAAGUGGAUAAUUUGGUGUGUUUUAAGAGACAACUUUUAUCAAUGUCUCUUAUUUCAGUUGAAUGAUGAUUUAAUGUUUCUGCUUGGUUAAGUCAAAGAUGAAUUACAGUUACAUGGCUGAAUUCACAUUUUGUCAUCUAAACUGUAAACCAGGUUAGGGGACUAGCUUUGGUUUGAUUUUUGUUCAAAACUAAAGACUAUAUCUUCAGUGUUCUAGUCAGAUGAGAAAUGUCAUUUUGGUGGGGUCCAAAGUAGAAUUUAGUUGGGCAGAGAUACUAUGAAUGAGAAAGUAUUUUAAAACGUACAAUGUUCUGCUUUGUGAAUAUGUAAGUAUAGGAUAAAGAUUUCUCUCACCCCAUUUAUCCCCUCCUUUAAAAUAAACCAUAGUUUACAAUUGGUAGAUCUGUCUAUAUAUAAAUAUAUAUUAAAGAGAAAAGAUAUAUAUCUUGAAAUCACUUAAAUCCGCUUUAUUAGACUACAGGUCACUUAUUGCAUAGAAACUGGACUUGGCGUUACAUUCUUAAUGUACUUUUCUUUAAGAUACAAACUUAUUCUUUUGAAAAUGAAUUUUCUUUUACUUUCAAUCACUUAUGUAUAUCUGGUAAAUUAUGACCAAAUUUGUGUUAGAGUGCAUACAGUAAAUUGAAAUAUACACUUGGUACACUAAAGGAUUGUUGUGCUUUUGUUUUGGUUUUAGUUGGAAACAAGGUUUGAUGUAGCUGGCUUGUUACUGUUAAUUUAAAAUAAUCUAUAAUUUUCCAUUGCCUAUUUUGUGUUUUUGACAGUUUUGACUAUAUAUUUAUUUAGUCAACUGAAUCAUGAUACUUUUAAAAGUUUGUUUUUAGAAAGAUAAUCCAAAGGGGAAAAAAAUGUUUAUACGCUUGACUAUUAGCCUCAGCCUAUAUAAAAUUUCUUUAAAGUAAAUGUUUUAUCAGAAAAAAAGUUGACAAAUUUUUCUACUUGAUGACUGCCUAAUUUAUUUUGUUUUAAGAUCUUGGAAGGGACUGCCUUUUCCUUUCUAGAUCUUUUUUAAAAAUAGUUUUUAGUACUAAGGUACACUACUGGACAUUUCUAUUUUUUUAAGUAUUCUUUUUUCUGACUUACUGUACAAUUUGAGGAAGUUGACAGAUAUUAAGAACUUAUGAUUGGUCUCAGAGAGGCAACCAUGGAAUACUCAUAAUAUUGUCAAUGGAGCCCUGGCAGAAUUAUGUGGGUCACAUUUGUUGACUUUUUCUCUUGUAACUUAUAUUCUAAGCAAAAUAUAUUUUAGAGAUUUUAAUUUUAAUGAAGGGGAAGAGUAUAAACUAUUCCUUUCAUAUUUACUGUAGUAACAGACCCUUUCACAAAUCUAGAUCAUGUAUUGGUUCUUAAUGAUUCUCACAGACAGUUACUUCCGUACGGUCCCUUCUUUGUCUUAGUUAUUGAUUGACCUGCUUUUUCAUACUCACUAGAUGUUCUGCUCAAUUUUAGCACUCUAGCCAUUUAGACCCAAAAACAAAAGAAACUUUUAAGAGAGGGGAAACUGAACAGUAAGUAAUGAGUAAUUUGGGGGUAAGACACUAACUGGUUUGGGUUGAGCCAUCCUGAUUGAGAAGAGGGAGGAAACACAACACUAUCUGGUACAUAUUAAGUGCACAGUACUUCUUAGCUGUUAACUAAUCAAUGUGAGCCAAGAGGGGAAAAAGCUAUAAAAAUGGAGCAAGAAAGUAGGAAAUGAAAGGAUACAGUCUUGGAAAUUUAUAUUAAUAUAAUACCUUGUAGAUAGGGCCUGAAGAUGAUUUUGAAGUUGCAUAGUAUAGGGGAGAGUGUAAUGGAAAACAAGUUUAAAAAAAAAAAUCUUAAUUUAAAAACUUCAAGGUUUAUUUAUAUUUUUAGUAUUUUCUGAACGUGGCAGGAAACGUUUAGACUUAUUUUUCUGAAUAAUGAUUCCAAAAGCUACCAUUUGUUUUUGGUACACAUGGAGUGCCUAUGUAUGCUGUUCCUUGCGCUUUACAUGAUUUUACUGAAUUUCCUAUAAGGUAGGUGCUAUUGUCUCCAUUUUAUAGAUGUAGAAAGGCUAAGAGAAAUUCAGAAACAUGCCUGAUUUAACACUGCUUUUAAGUGCUAGAGCUAGGAUUUAAUCGGGCCUUAUUCUGAAAGCCCUUACCUUUCCCAUUAGUUAACUUUUGUAGAAUUCAGCUCUUGAGAAAGGAGUUUACUUAUGGAGAUGUGUUUCCCUUACAAAGCAUCCGAACAGCCAUUUUCAGGAUUUGGGUGUCUAAUCUGUGCUCCCCCCCUAAAUAACUAUCCUCACUACUUUUCCCAUCCAAUAAAGCAAUUGUUUUGUCACUUGACUCUUGUAAACGUAACCAAACCCAAUGUAGCCCAUGCUAUUAAUUGGCUGUUGCCUUUUCAUUUUCAAAAAGAUGGUUUUUAACAACUGGUUUCGAACCCCACUUUUUAUCUGUGCCGUUUAGUCACCCAGAUCCUUAAACUUAAUUAUGGUACACAACAUAUGCUUAGAACUAGCAGGUGUCUUUUUUUAGUCUUUGUAGGCUUUAAAAUGGAAGGUUCUUUUCCUGCUGUAUCCCUGCUUUCACGUGAAGUUGAACAAUUCUAAGUGGUUUUUAAAAUGUAUUGGGGAUAUAUGCACCCUUUGAAAGAUGGUUUCUAGCCAUGAAUUUUAUGACAUUGGGUACUUAAAUUUGGAGUCUGCUGGCUACUGAGAGCAAAAUUUAGGGGUGACAAGAGGGUGGUUGGGGCUAUUAUGAAAUGGGAGAAUCAUUCUAAACCGUGUAAACGUAAAAGAACACUUUGUUCUGCCUGCUGUUUGUAAAAGCUCUUCGGGAAGAUCUUUUACGAAGACCAAUUUUUUUUAAUGUAAUUUACCUACCUAGUAUAAGUGUCCUAAGACAUGUAUGUAAACUUCCAAAACUGUUUUGUCUGUGUAUUUAGAAAAUACACAAGAAUCUUUAUCAAACCUAAAAAUAUAAACUUGUGAGCACUAAACUG